GUCUCCAUCUCCAGGAUGCUGGUCCCUCUGCUGGAUGAUGACACUGGCCUCCUAUUGCUCGCUGGCUUUGGAGACACUGCAGUUGAGUGCUAUGAAGUCUCCGCCUCUGAGCCUUUCUUAACUCAAGUGAGUCACUGCCUGACUGAUGCUUCAACAAGAGGCGUCGCCAUGGUACCAAAACUGGCCUUGGAUGUCCUGUCCUGUGAAGUCAUGCGUGUUCUUCAGCUGACAGACAGCUGCAUCGUGCCCAUCAGCUACCAAGUCCCCCGCAAGAACUCAGGCCAUGAAUUUCAUGAUGACCUUUACCCGGAUACGGUGGGCACGACUCCAGCCAUGUCUGCAGAGGAGUGGUGGCAGGGGGGAAAAAAGCAGGUGGGAAAAGUUAGCCUGCACCCUGACAAGAAACCCAAACCCUCAGCAAAACAAGCACCAGUUAAGAAGGAGCCACCCAGUGGAGGAAAUAAAGAGGAUCAGCCUCGUGGCUCCUCCUCCAGUAGUCCAAUAAGCACCCCCAGCAGCAGUGCUGCCCCAUCCCGCUCUCCUUCCUCUACGUCUGGUCUCUCCUCAGGCUUCCUCCCUAGCCCAAGCCAGAAUGUUAAGGCAAUCCAAAACCUGAUGGGACCAACAUCCAAAUUCCGACAUAUCCAGGGUGCGGUGAUGCACCGGGACAAGCACAUCACCAACAUCCGCAACCUGAAUCUAACCACACCAGGAGAGUGUGACGGCUUCUGUGUGAACAGCCAACGUGUUGCGGUGCCACUCGCCAUCUCAGGAGGCCAGAUUGCUGUUUUUGAGCGCUCUGGGCCAGGGCGGCAGCCUGACUCGGCUCUACCCACCAUCCAAAACUCUGUAAACGUGGCCGACUUGUCUUGGGACCCCUUUGACACACACAGACUGGCAGUGGCUGGAGAUGAUGCUAAAAUCCGGCUGUGGCAGGUACCUAAAGGUGGGCUGAAAGACACCCUGACUGAGCCUGAGCUCGUCUUACAAGGUCACACUGAGAAGAUUUACUCCAUCAAGUUUCACCCUCUUGCCAGCGGAGUCUUGGUGUCCUCAUCCUACGAUCUCACAGUCAGACUGUGGAACCUGGAGAGCGGGGAGCAGGUCAAGGUUCUCACUGGACAUCAGGACCAGGUGUUUGGAAUUGCAUGGAGCCCUGACGGCAAGCUGCUGGCAACUGUUUGCAAGGAUGCGAAAGUUCGCAUCUAUGACCCCCGCAAAUCGACAUCACCUGUGCAAGAAGGACCGGGUCCGGAGGGCCACAGAGGGGCUCGUGUGGUCUGGGUGCUGGAUGGAAAGUACCUGCUGGUGUCAGGAUUUGACAGUCGCAGUGAAAGAGAACUUUACCUGUUCUCUGCUGACUCCCUGUCCUCUGGGCCUGUUGCCAGUACUGCUCUGAAUGUGUCCCCCUCCACACUCAUCCCUUUUUACGACCCUGACACCAGCGUCGUGAUUCUCACUGGAAAAGGAGACACCAGAGUCUACAUCUAUGAGGUGGUCCCAGAAGAUCCAUAUUUUAUUGAAUGCAGCAGUUUUAACUCUCCUGAGCCUCAUAAGGGACUGGCCUUUUUACCUAAAACCGAGUGCAACGUGCGAGAUGUAGAAAUAGCUGUGGGAAUGAUGCUCACCAAGACCACAGUGGAGCCUGUAGUCUUCAGAGUGCCCCGUGUUAAAAAAGAGUUCUUCCAGGAUGACGUGUUCCCAGACACGGCAGUGUGGUGGGAGCCUGCACUCACCGCCGCUGCCUGGCUCUCCGGCUCCAACGGCCAGCAUAAAAAGCUCAGCCUGAAGCCAAAAGACAUGACGCCAGUGAGCGAGGCCCCCAAAGAGGCUCCAGUGAGAAAAUACCUCCCCUCUUCUGUUUACUUGGAGGAAAAAACAGAUGAACAGAAAAAAGAUGAGCUCCUGAGUGCCAUGGUGGCUAAGCUGGGUAAUAUGGACGACCCGCUGCCCCAAGAGUCCUUUGAAGGUGUGGAUGAAGAGGAGUGGGCUAAAUACCUCGCUCAGAUCGUAGUGAUGGGUGUUCAGGUGGUAGGACGAGCUUUCGCCCGGGCGUUACAGCAGGAAUAUGCAGCGAGUCAAGCAGCAGCCCGGGCCAGAGGCCGAACGGGGCAGCAGUCAGCCGCAGCGUCCAGCAUCUCUGGGAUGAGUCUACAGGAGGCUCAACAAAUCCUCAACCUCUCCACACUUAGUCCUGAAGAGAUACAGAAGAACUACGAACAUCUUUUUAAAGUCAAUGAAAAGUCAGUAGGAGGUUCAUUUUACCUCCAAUCCAAAGUGGUGCGAGCAAAAGAACGUCUGGAUGAGGAGCUCAAUAUUCAGAAUCAAGAAAAAAACCAGCAGUCGCAGCAAAAUCCAGAAACAUAAAGGAUAAAUGUAUACUUCACUUUCCUCCCCCUCCCCAUAUCCCCUGUAAAUUAUAACCCAAUAAAGCCUUUUCUUUAGCCUGGGGUCCGUAGCAAUGAAUUUCCACUAUACAAGUUGCACUUA